AUGGAGUACGGAGGAGAGUCCCUGGAGCAUUCUUUCCAGGUCUUUUUUUUUUUUCCUCCGCCCAUCAGACUCUGUGACUCGUCGAGUGCGCUUCGUGACCAUGGGCCUUAUCGUCAUAAAUGUGGCCGAGUCUCCGCCCAUCGCAGGCAAUACGCCGAGGUCAUUCGCUGAUCCCUUUCCGUUUGCGGGCACGCCAGUCAGCAUUGUUUCCUUGGAUCGCCCCGUCUUGCUCAGCUCACGACUGCAAAGCCCGCUCGAAACAGGGUGAUUACAGGGAAGAGCUCACGAGUCAAGGGAGCUGAGAGGACGGCCGGGCAAAGUAAAUUCAGGGCUCCACCCAGAGUGUCCCAGAACCAUGGGAUCGUGCAAGAGAAAGAAAGAAAGAGAAAGAGAAAGAGAAAGAGAGGAGAGAAUGGAGAAAAAAAAAUUACCAAGAUGCGAGACGCAGCAAGGGCUCCUGCGUUUCAUUAGGAAGACUAAUUUACGCCGGGGUCUUUCAUGCAUGGAGCCCAGGGUAUUAAUACCUGGCAUUAUUACUACCCACCGAGAUCCCAGAUUCAAGCAGUUCGAGCUCACGGGAGUAUUAAUAGCAAACACGGGGUGGUCCAAGCUGCCAUCUAGCGUUCUAGUGCCAUCGCCACGGAUUUGGGCGAUAUCACGCAGGGUCGACGGUGAUGCCCAAAGCAUUCGAGGCCAAAAUUCCCCGGGCAGGAUGGCUGAGGGUAUUAAUACUCCGUGCUUGGGCGAGGUUCUAGAAAGACCAGGACGUCUGGCGGCCAGAGAAAGGCGACCGGACGCGAGAAACGAAGCUAAAAGGACCCCCCCACCAAACCAGAGCCAUGGAAAGGAACGGCUUUGUCGGCCUCAUUGGCUGGAACGCUGCAACCGUUGGGGAGGGAAGGUGAACAUUAAAUUAUUAAUCUUACUGAAAAGUACUCCGGAAGUCGGCCUAAGGACAGUCAGUAGUCCAUCUGCUCCGUACAGCAGGACGCGUACGCGACGCGAUCGGAGGUCAGGAAGAUCUGACAUGACAAUUGGAUUAUUUACAGAGACGGAGUACACUGAUGAACAUGCGCAGUAGGUAGAAGUUGGGGGUGGCAGGCGGGACUCUCUUCC